AUGCUGCUCGUGGGUGCUUUUGGAGGCCACGUUCGGCAAGCGGGGAGAGUUGAGUUGCGCUGGGCCCUUGCUCGUGGCCGGUUGGCCCUAAGCGCGCGGGUGCAGGAGCGCCCGGGGUCCCGACUGCGCCAUGUCCCGCUGGGCAUGCAGCGCGGUGCCAUUAGGGCGCUGUUGUGCAGCUGCGGGAGUCAUGGGUCUGAGGGCCCUGGAGGACGCCGGAAGCGCGGAGGGCAUCGGCGUCGCACAGCCCGCCAGGCCGCCGGGACGGGCGCCUUCCGUGGCGCUUCCCCGAGGUUGGGCCAGGUGUGUCCUCCCAGCCGCGGGGUCCAAGAGCUGCUGCGUGGCCCGCUGAGGGAGGGGGAUGCGGGGCAGGCAGGUGUGAGCGUGUGGGUUUCUGGGCCGGCGGCCGGACGCCUGUGUCGGAGGCCUGGGCCCUGGUCCACAGUGUCCCUUUUCUCACGGAUGCGUGUCCUUUGUGUACACUGCUCAGGGGGAGUUGGCGUGGGAGGCGUGGCGAGAGCCUGGCAGCAGGGUGCCCAGCUUUGCCGAGGACGUCGGGCCCCGAUGACCAGCUGGCAUCCGUGUGUCCACGGCGGUGUGUGGCGAGGACGGUCGCCAUGCCGCGGGAGGUUCCCGGGCCAGCUCCGGCUGUGGUGGCGGUGUGACGAAGAGCAAGGACGACAGCCCGUCCCCGGCCGCGCGCGUCUCCUCUUGCUGAACCUGGCGCUGCGUGGCCUCCCAUGGGCGCCAUGCCGCGGGAGGUUCCCGGGCGAGCUCGGGCUGUGGUGGCGGUGUGAAGAAGAGCAAGGAGGACAGGCCACCCCCAGACGCGCGCGUCUCCUCUUGCUGAACCUGGCGCUGCAUGGCCUCCCAUGGUCGCCAUGCCGCGGGAGGUUCCCGGGCCAGCUCCGGCUGUGGUGGCGGUGUGACGAAGAGCAAGGACGACAGCCCGUCCCCGGCCGCGCGCGUCUCCUCUUGCUGAACCUGGCGCUGCGUGGCCUCCCAUGGGCGCCAUGCCGCGGGAGGUUCCCGGGCGAGCUCGGGCUGUGGUGGCGGUGUGAAGAAGAGCAAGGAGGACAGCCCGUCCCCGGCCGCGCGCGUCUCCUCUUGCUGAACCUGGCGCUGCAUGGCCUCCCAUGGAGGUGGUUGUCUGGACGUGUGGCUCCCCAUGGCGGGGUUCUAGGUGUCGGGGAGACGCUCGAGGGACCGUAGGCACGGGGUCAAGGCAGGCAGUGGCCAAAGAGAAACAGAAGCGCUAAGGCUCGGGCCCCA